AUGGAGCCAAGUCCUACGCACGAAGACCAUUGCGAUCUAUUCCCUGAUUGUGACACUGUCGUGCGUCUUGAGAGCAUGCGAUGUGGUCUUGAGCAACUGUCGCGUGUGUGUCCUGUUGCUGGCAUGGACCCGUUUUCGAUGCACCGCGCUCUUCCGGGAUGUACGUUUACCCUCCUUUCGGAUGCGUCAGAUGUUUUAUGCAUGCCCAACGAAUGGCUUGACACACUCGAUGAACUUGCGUCUCUCCCCAGUCGGGUGCCAGGCAUUGUGGCUGUGCGUGGCUUGAAAAACUCCGGCAAGUCAACGUGCGCACGUAUGCUGCUUCAUGCAUUUCUAACAAGAGGUGAACACCGUUUUGUCGCGUACAUGGAACUGGAUGUUGGCCAGCCCGAGUUUGGUCCACCUGGCAUGCUGUGUCUGCACGUGUUCGACUCGCAGCGCGAGCAUGGCCUCUUUGCACCGGGCUGGUGCACGGCACGAAUGCCUGUGCGAGCGCAUUUUCUCGGCGAUAUCACCCCGCGCGAUGACCCUGCACGCUACAUGGCUGCCGUUUCGGAUCUGGUCGACACGUAUCGCUCGCAGUACCAAUUUUACCAAUCAGCGCAGCGAGUGGAAGAGCAAUUGUAUUUGCCUGCAACAUCAGAAGGCACAUUGCGAGCUGAUCGCACGAUACCCCUCAUUGUUAACACGCAUGGAUGGCUGAAAGGCUUGGGUCUUGAGCUUGUGCAACACGUCACUGCUACGCUGAUGCCGACGCAUGUGCUUGAUGUUGGCCCAACACCGUGUCCUGAUGCCACUCAUACACUUGUGCCGUUCCCAGAGACGUUGGACGGACGCGCUUCCGUGCCACAACGACGUCUGAAUGCAGCCGAGUCGCGAACACUUAGUCUUCUGACCUAUAUGCACAUGACGCGCCUUGCUAGUCCGGGGGUGCGUGCGCAGUGGAACUUUGCUAGUGCGUUAGUUGCGCAGCGCCCUUGGGUCGUCGAUGUCUCCUCGGGACUAGGUGCCGGGUUUGCUGCUUUGGACACAGGGGCGCAUGUAGAUGAGGCUUUGACGCUUUUGGCGAUGAAUGGCGCAUUGGUCGCCAUUGUCCAGGCGCCUGAGCAUGUCGCUGACGGCGAGACUAAAGUUCCAGAUGUGUGGCGCACGGCCAUUCAACGUGGCCGUGAUUUGUUGACACGAACUAUGCCACCCAUGGCGCCUACUUUGGGCCUUGCGCUUGUUCGUUCCAUUAAUAUGGAGCAAAAACAAAUGCAUCUCCUGACACCAAUUAGCGGACCGGACCUACAUCAACGCAUAUACAAGACAGGUUUGCCCAUUGGACUACUACAAGGUGCACUUGAUUUACCUUUUUGGGGUGCUUUGGAUGCGGAAACCUAUGCGGAUGUGAUGCAGUGGCGACGGGGUGGGCAGCCAAGCACGCACCUCGCAGGUGUGCCAUGUGCGGAUGUGCCGUACUUAUUGUGGCCCAGCGAGUUCUUGGCACGAGCGACUCAUUGUGAGGACGACGCGGCCUUGUCUCCGUCAGGCUCAUCAGCCGAGCCACUCGGUGCACGACCGCGCAAGGUGCGACGUAAUCUGAUGAGGCGCCGACACAAGUCUACAGCGCUAAUCUGA